CAUAUUAAAGAAUAUUGAAAAAAAUAGUCAGAAAUUAUAAAUAUUAUGUGGCAACACUUAAAAUAUACUACAAAACAGUCCUUUAUUUUGCUCUGUACAGAACGCAACACGUCACAGAUAAACACAGCAGUCAAACUUCAGGAACUUAAGCCCCUCCCCUCUGCUCUGAUUGGAUCACGCGUGUGUUAUUAGCUUACAGUACUUCAUAGAGGAGUUAAACACCAGCAUGUUCUAAGCAUCACAUCUGGCGUUUAUACUGAAACUCUGACGGUGCACUUCACAUCGCUGUGUCGUGUAUAUGGCCCCAGUCAUCACCAUGACUUCUCAAGCUACUGGGUUUAAAGCGGAAGAACAUUCCCGUGUGAUUCUGGGAGUUAAAGGAGAGAUGCAGACCAGCAUCAGUGUGGAAGAGGACGGAGAGCGACCGAAGAUUCUCCCGUUCAGCGUUGAAGCUCUGAUGGCAGAUCGGAGGCCGAACAGCUCUUCCGCCGGGACAUCGCACACUCUCAUUCCGGAUGCAGAUCCAGACCGAGCCGGUGCUCGCUUGACAUUUUCUGUUGACGUUCUCAAACUGCACGAGAGUGCGCCGGUAAAGGCGGAGAGCCCAGAGCGCGCGGAGCGGAGCACAUGGAUGCAACCGCCCAGUUUCUCUCCCAGGCGUCUCAGUCCUCCCGCGUGUCCUCUGAGGAAACACAAGACCAACCGAAAGCCCCGGACCCCGUUCAGCACGUCUCAGCUGCUGGCGCUGGAGAGGAAGUUCCGGCAGAAACAGUACCUGUCCAUCGCCGAACGGGCCGAGUUCUCCAGCUCACUCAACUUGACGGAGACUCAGGUGAAGAUCUGGUUUCAGAACAGACGAGCAAAAGCCAAGCGGCUCCAGGAGGCCGAACUCGAGAAACUUAAAAUGGCCACUAAACCGAUGCUUCCUCCGGCUUUCGGGAUUUCAUUCCCAGUCGGAGCUCACGUUCCCGCUUCAUAUUCAGGAUCACAUCAGUUUCACAGACACUCCAUGAGCUUGACUCCGGUGGGACUCUACACACACAUGGGAUAUAGCAUGUAUCAUUUAGCUUAGAAGAUGAUCCAACGCCAAGAAAUGUGACUCUUUCCGAUAAAAGUGGGAAUGGUUGUAAUGGUGGCAUUACAUACGGCCUGUACUUUCACAGAGAGUUAUGAAAACGGAUUUGGUCGAAGGUAGGUCGAGGGAAAACAGUCUGUAUUUCACACUUGCAUUCACAGCAAUGCGUUUAUAAUCGAACAAACUCGCAUGAAUGUUUUAAACGAACAUUUUAAAGAUAAACAACACUGACUGUUGUUUUAAUGACUCCCUUCGAAAGGGAUAUCUGAACUGUAAAAUAUUGUACAUUUGGACAAAAAUACCAUUUAUAUGAUGAAUAUAUUUGUUAAAUAAAUUAAUGACAAAUGGCC